UUUUUUUUUAUAUCAUCCCUUCGCCUUUUCAUGAGACACUUCCAAACCUACGUACCUGUCCUUCUGCAGGAUAGUAGCCCUGCCCUGAAUCCGAUCCCACCACCGGGCACUGGGAAGAGUUUAGCAUAAGGAUUUCUUUUAAAACCCAAUAUGACAGUUGCUACCGGAGAUCCUGCAGAUGAAGCUGCAGCUCUUCCCGGUCACCCGCAGGACACGUAUAACCCUGAGACCGACCAUGAAUGCUGCGAGAGGGUGGUCAUUAAUAUUUCGGGUCUGCGCUUUGAGACACAGCUCAAGACACUAGCCCAGUUUCCAGAGACCUUACUAGGGGAUCCUAAAAAGAGAAUGAGGUAUUUUGACCCGCUCCGGAAUGAGUAUUUCUUUGAUCGGAACAGACCCAGCUUCGAUGCAAUUUUGUACUAUUACCAGUCUGGUGGGAGGUUGCGGAGGCCGGUUAAUGUGCCCUUAGAUAUCUUCUCGGAAGAGAUUCGUUUCUAUGAACUGGGGGAAGAAGCGAUGGAGAUGUUUCGGGAGGAUGAAGGCUACAUCAAAGAAGAGGAAAGACCGUUGCCUGAGAACGAGUUUCAGAGACAAGUGUGGUUGCUCUUUGAGUACCCUGAGAGCUCAGGCCCUGCCAGGAUUAUAGCUAUUGUCUCUGUCAUGGUGAUUUUGAUCUCCAUCGUCAGCUUUUGCCUGGAAACUUUGCCCAUUUUUCGGGAUGAGAACGAAGACAUGCACGGCAGUGGGCUGAGCCAUCCCCCCUACUCCAACAGCAGUAUGGGGUACCAGCAGUCCACCUCUUUCACAGACCCCUUCUUCAUUGUGGAGACACUUUGCAUCAUCUGGUUCUCCUUCGAGUUCUUGGUGAGGUUUUUCGCCUGCCCCAGCAAGGCUGGAUUUUUUACCAACAUCAUGAACAUUAUAGACAUCGUAGCCAUCAUUCCCUAUUUCAUCACCUUGGGGACAGAGCUGGCUGAGAAGCCGGAGGACGGUCAGCAAGGCCAGCAAGCCAUGUCCUUGGCCAUCCUUCGAGUCAUCCGCUUGGUGCGGGUCUUCAGGAUCUUCAAACUCUCCCGACACUCCAAGGGGCUGCAGAUCCUGGGGCAGACUCUCAAGGCCAGCAUGCGGGAGCUGGGCCUCUUGAUAUUUUUCCUCUUCAUCGGCGUCAUCCUCUUCUCCAGCGCCGUCUACUUUGCUGAGGCCGACGAGAGCGAGUCCCAGUUCCCGAGCAUCCCCGAUGCCUUCUGGUGGGCCGUGGUUUCCAUGACGACUGUUGGCUACGGAGACAUGGUCCCCACAACCAUUGGGGGGAAAAUAGUGGGUUCCUUGUGUGCCAUCGCUGGCGUAUUAACGAUUGCCUUACCAGUGCCCGUCAUAGUGUCUAACUUCAAUUACUUCUACCACCGGGAGACGGAGGGAGAGGAGCAGGCUCAAUAUUUGCAAGUAACCAGCUGCCCAAAGAUCCCCUCUUCCCCUGACCUAAAGAAAAGCAGAAGUGCCUCUACUAUUAGUAAGUCUGAUUAUAUGGAGAUUCAGGAAGGCGUAAACAAUAGCAAUGAGGAUUUUAGGGAGGAGAACUUGAAGACAGCCAAUUGCACCCUAGCUAACACAAACUAUGUGAAUAUCACCAAAAUGCUAACCGAUGUCUAGUCGCUAAAAUCUAGUAACAUAUUUAAAGCUGAAGUGGAACAAUUGCAGAUAUUGAGUGCUGCUCUGCAUUGUAGUUAAUACAGUAUUUUCUACGGUGUAUAUUUGGUUCUGCAUGGGAAGCAAUAGCUGUGUAAGUGACUUUUAACCUUUGAUUUCCACACUGAAUAAGCGUUCGUGCAAAAAAAAAAAAACCAAACAACAAAACCCCAACCAACAAACCAUUUUGAUUCCCUUCUCCCAUCCCAGGCUUGCGGGUUUCCAAAGAUGCGGAGUGGUUGGGCAUUUCGAGCAAUGGGAUGGGGAUGCAGGGGGCAGCUCUGGGCCAUCCUGGGGUACCACGAAUGCUGGUCCCUGUCUCAUGGAGCCGGGUGAUCGCCAGCUUCCAGGCGUGGGGAAUGGCUGGGAAAGGUCAGGCAGAGCUUAAUGAAGGGAAGAUGCAGUCGUGUGUCCGAACUGCUUGAAGGCUCAGGUUUCCGCCCCGGGAAUGCCAAGUGCGAACGCAUCGCCCAGGCUCAUGUUUCAUAACUGAAAAUGCUGCAUGCUGCAAUAGUUUCAGCCACUGCAGUAUGCCAGUGUGAGGCCCAGGGGAGGGAUAAUUAGUAUGACGGCACAUUAUUUAUUAAGUCUUAAAUUUUCUAUGCUAGGCAUCGGGAGGGACGAGUAAAUAAAUCAAGAGCUUGGAUUUUAUUUAUUUAUUUAGGUGACACUUCCAUUACCAAUAUUUCCAGGAUCACCAAAGACACCUCCACUGACACAUUGAAAAUGAGUUGGAAAAAGCAUCUUUUUUAAUAUCUAUAUAUAAAACUGGAGCAACUAUGCUGUGGCCUAUAAUAUAUUUAUACUGCAGUGAAAUUUAACCAGUAAUACAGUACAGCUGCAUGGAUAUUUGUUGCAUGAAUCUGAAUAUUUAAUACACACACAAAUAUAUAUUUUCUUAGUAGACUAUACAAUAUUCAUGUUUAUAGUGUUUAUAGAUUCUCCAGUGGCUCGAAGGAGAUUCAUGGGAGUUAAAAAAAUCUCCAUUAUAUUUAAAAACUGGAUGGGGAAGGCAUGUGCUGACAGCAGUUUGAUAGAUAACAAGGCAAAGCCUGAGUGUCCGAGCAUCCAGACACGAGAGCCCACUAAUGCAAGCGAGGGAAGGUGAGCUGAAAGUUAAACACCUGCGCUCAUUAUGGGGCAAGUAAUUAGUCAUUAAUCUUGGUGUCAUGAGCAGAAACCACAGUGGAGCAGAGGGGGCACGAGGAGCAGGUGGAAUAGCAGGUACUGGCUCUCCUGACUUGUUUGUUCAGCAAUUUUCAGCCGUUUCCCAUAUAAUUAUCGUGUGUGUGUAUAUAGAUAUUUAGAGAGCGACUAUAGGGCCGGAUCCUCAGCAAACGUGAGCACCUGGGGCAGUGGGGGCUUCCUGGCUCGGGGGUGCCGGGAUGGUGGGACAUGGCCUGGAGCAGGAUGACCUGCCCCUCAGUGCCCAUGGGAUCACCAGGGCAGGGUGCAUUCGGGGCUGGAAAACUUCUUUUCAACCAUGUAGAGCCUCAGGGCUGGUGGUUUAUUCCUUUACGAUGGAGAGGGCACAUGCUGAGGGCAGGCUGGAUCCGAGCUGGUGCCUCUGAGCCUUUGCUUUGCCUUCGUCCAGGGUUUUUAGGAGGAGUGAGACGCUGAGGCUGUCUCUUCUUCUUCUUCAUCCUCGGUGUUAUUUGGGGAUAGGUGGGAGCUGUCAGUCCAAGGGGAUCUCAUCUGCUUUCCCCACCUCCAUCUGGAUUCCUUGUGUUUUCCCCCCAUUGCUGACAACCCCUGGGGAUGGGCGCCCUGUUCCUCUGCCACAUCAGGGGAGGGGGAUGCAAACCUCUUCCGAGGCCAUGGUCAAGCAAAGCCUCCCUUUGGGGAGGAUAUGGGAUGGGGUUUAGCAGCCUGUUGAGUUGGGGUGAAUUUGGGCUGGACUGGGACACAGUCAGUGCUGUACUGCUGUGGUGAAGUGUGGGCACAAGGAGGGAACCCCAUUGCAGAGCAUGCGAGGGAGGGCAGUCAGAGCCUUCCUGAGCUCAGAGAGGAAAACCAUACUAAUAACAAUAAAACAAACGGUGCUAGCGUAUUCUACAGCAAUGGUUCAAAAUGCUGCUUUAGGGACAGAUCCACCUCUCGUGCUGAUGUGACUCCCCUUGGCCAGGUGGAAUCACUCCUCAUUUGUAUUUUAUUGAUUGAUUAAUUCAGGCCUGGCUAUAAUUAACACCAAGUGUCCAUGGUUAAUGCACGAGAGUCUUGGCUUCUGCUUGGUGCAGAGGACCAGCAGCAUCCAUGCGUUGGGUCUCCAAGGUGCUCAGCACCAUGGGACCCCAGACUGUCUUUAAUUACACCUUGCUAUAUUAGGAGCCCUCUCCUCCUUCUCUGCUGCUGCAGCUCUGAAACGGGAGCCCCAGAAUCCCAUUAACAUCUUAAAACAUGCGCAAAAAGAAGCAACGCAACUGAAAGCAAUAACUCUCUGCUUCUGAAGCUCAUCCCAUUGAACGGGAUGGGGCUGGCAUGAGCCACCAACUCGGGCGUGAUUCCCGGGGCGGCCGGCCAGCUUCCAUUGAUCCGGCUUGUGGUGGGUCCGUGGGGACGUGAGCUUGCAUGGGGAGGCUGCCUGAGGCACUGGGAUUCUGCCUGCCCACCCAUGGGUGCCCCUAGCACUGGGUGACCCCAUCCCUGGCGUGUGGGAAGGCACCGAGGCCGAGGGGAGGCUGCUGCAGGGUUUUUUGGGAUGAUGCCGGCACUCAACGAGACUUUGCAAAGUGCCUGGUUGGUUAAUGCCUGUGGGCUUCAGAUGAUUUGGGGGGAGCAUUUUGCCAAAGUACUGGGUACAUCUUGGGAGCGUGAACGCCACUGUGGUUCAAUGAGGAGGAAGAUCAUGGGGGUUUGGGAGAGGUGUUGGUUUUGGCACAGUGUCCCUGCAGGCUUUCUGAGGCCAGGCAAGGGGGGAGAACGGGUCCACGAGCAGGAUCAGGCACAUCCGAACCCACUCACCAAGCUGGGGGUCCUGGCUGCCUUGGGAAGCCUCAGAGCUGCAUCACGGGGGUGAACAGGGCCAGAGAGUAAGAGCUCACGUUCCUCCUGUUGCCUCCAAUGUGAGCUGGCACCUGUCCCCAUGGCAGGGGCCAGCACGGCCAGUCCCUUCCUUAGGACAGAUCCUGCACCUCUUGCAUUGACCCAGGCAGAUGUUCCUGGGGAAAAUGAGCUGUGGGGGGAGAGCAUGGGCUGCCCUUGGCACCAUGUUUGGUAAACAGGGAAAACACCCAGAUAAGUGCUUGGAUGCUUGUUUCAGGGCAAAAAAUGUCCGUGGGGGCUGUGGCUGGAAGCGCUCCAUCAGGCUGCAUACCGCAGAAGGGUCCAGGUUUCUCCCCCGCACAGAGAAAUGGUUCCCCUAUAGCUUUUAAUGGGAUUUGUGCCUGCAGGUCGGAGCUCUAGUGCUAUUUCUAGCUUUGCUUCUGACUCACUGAUGUGAUCUUGAACCAGUUUUUCAGGAGGAGACUGUGAUUCUUUUUUUUCUUUUUUUUUCUCUUUUUCUUGAGGAAUGUAGUUUGAGAGACUCUGGGCCUGUUUCUGCAGAGAUGCUGAACAUCCAUAACUCCCCUUGACUCUGAAAGGGUGCAAAAAUGAGCUGCAAAGUGGCUCAGACUGAGGAUGCUAAAUUAGGGACUGAGGAAGGGGAGGAUCCCACCAUCUAUGUUAGAUUCCAACCGGCCACCUAACGUAGGUGGUCUGGUUCCUCUCCUCCUCCUCCUGCGGAGAUGUUUGCCUCUCUCCAGGGGUGGGAUGGGGCACUGAAGCUCUCCGGUCUGUGGACGUGCUCCUGGGUUGGCACCCAGAGGAGACAGCAGCUGUAUUUUACUUUUAACCUUCGCGCCAUGGUUUUGGAGAGACGGAAAGUGGUGAUUUCAGUGCAGGUUGUCGUCUAACACCCAACCACAUGCCCAAGCCUGCAAGCAACCCAUCAGUCCUUCCCAAAUCACUGCUAAGGGCAGUGGGGUGAGGCUCAUAUACUGGCUGGAUACCACCGAGUGAUUAGGGCUGCUAGGAAAAAAUUAUCUGUAUGGGGCCAUGUGUUUUAUUGGGAAAACUAAUCUCUGCGGCAAUGUUUUGUGUCAAAGUCCUACAGAUUUGAAUACUGAGCUAUAUGAACAAAAGGAUCUCUAGAUCGGCGUUAUGAGAGUGUAGCACGUGGGUGUAUAAAUAUGGGCAUAUUUGUGCAUAAAUACACAGAAGGAGAGAAAAAGACAGAGAAGGAGGAGGUAUUUCAGGAAGGGCCUUGCUUUGUUAUCAGAUAAUUCCUGGGUCAGCCCUUGAAAUUGCGGCCAAAGUUUUGUAGCUUUUCCAGAGCUUGCAGCACAGCUAGAGCCGGGCCCAAGCGCAGAAGGAGAUCUGGAUCUGGCCUUGGCAGUGGGAGCGCCCCGAGGGGCUGGUGGCAUUUGGCUCCACGCAUCCCUCUGCAAACUGGCAGCUUCGCAGCAUCUCUGCUCUCGAUCCCAAAUCCUUGGUUUAGGCCCGUCAUGACCGUUUCUGUGACUGUGCAGGGAAAACCAAGCAGAAGUUGAAGGGAUUUGUUUGCGAUGCAAGCCCUGUGCUCCACUGAGUGGGGAGGAUUUCAUGGUGGGUUGGUUUUUCUUUGUAAUGGCUGGAUUUUAAGUCCCUUGAACCAUGUUGGCUUCUAGGGUGGCGGUGAGAAGCAUCUCCCACUUUUGGAGCUGGGGUGGGUUUAUCUUGAAGUCUACAUCCAUGGGGGUGUCCCAGGGGUUUCUUCUGUCAGUGGGAGCUGGUCAGCGUAGGGUUAAAGGGGCUGGAGGGUGAGGAAAGGAGUCAACCCCAAACCAUUUCAUUUUGCGCACAAAAAAUAACUGUGGCUCCCUCCUCACACCCCUGGCAGCAUUUGACCUCCUCUGCAUCCAGCGCAUCCCCCGGUCCCUCCUGUUGGGGACCAGCUGCUUUCCCCCACCAGGAGCCCCAGGGAAGGAGAUGGUCCCCCCCUGCACCAGCCACUGUCCUGCCUCUGGCCAAAGCAAUGCCCUCCCCCAGCCCCCGUGUGUGAACCUCAGUCUCCCCGUGGCCUUGGUCUUCCCAUGAUGUUACUGCAUCUGGCUGCCCAGAUUUCAUCCCCCCUUCUCAGAAAUGGCUGCUCCGGUCCUGCCACAUCCCAUCGCGAGGGAGAGGGACCAGCCUCCAGUGGUGCAAAUCAGCCCCGAGAGCACAGCACUGAUUUACACCUGGGGAAAAGAUCCCCCAGCCCUAUUGUAUGUGAUGAGAGAGAAAUUCUUUAUCCAUGUGUUUCCUCGGGGGUGGGGGGAAUGGUUUGGCUUGUAGGAGCUGCUGGACAUCAUGUAACCACACCAGAACCAGCCCUGCCUGGCUGUCCUGAGCUCGGGGUUGGUCUUUUGGGGUUUGCUUUAUUUUUUUUUUUAAUAUUUUUAUUUUUUUAAUUCUUCUGCUGCCUAUAAGACUGUAAUUAUCCAUUUGCACUUGCUCCCUCAUUGCUUGAGACUGCACUCUUGUCCUCCAAUGUCAUACGCCGAAGCACAAGGGGAAAAAAUGGGUAUUGGAUCAACCCUGCGUGCGGUGCCUAAUUUGAGUGAAUCAAUAGGAAAAGGAAAUCCAAGAAGGACUCAUCCUAAGGAUGCUGGAGCUGAACCUUUUGUUUCCAUGGUUACGGGAGAAAUGGGACCAGAAAUGGAGAGAGGCCUAUAGACUGUUAAAGGAGGACUCGUGGGAAUUUCAAGUCAUUUAACCAUGCGUUUGCUAGACAAAAAUUUAGACACCAGCUGUAUCCGAAUUGCACAGUGUGUAUAGACGUUACUGCUCUUAUUGACGACGCGGGGGUGUCCUGGGGGUCGGGUGGAUCUACGGGCUGAGGGGCACCUGAGUCAAUAAGGCUGACCGUUGUAUAUAGGUAUACAGAUCUGUGUACAUACGUAUUCCAAAUGAGCAUUUGCUGUCUGGUUUAUCAUGAGUGUAUAUAAUUUAUUCUUCAGAGUAUCACAAUUUUUGUAAAUAUCGGCACUAAUUAAGAGAAAAUAAAUAUGUAUAUUAUUGAGGA